UCUUCAGCCUUUUCUUCAAGUUUUUCACCGUGAGUUGUAGUGUGUCCAACUGGACGAGUUAUCUUAGUUCAAGUUUCACAAGCUGAAAAUUUGGAGGUUUCUAAGACUACUGAAAAGGAGGCAUGGUCAGAGCUGGAGAUGUGAAUAAAACUCUUGUGCAGAAUUGAUAAACCAUCUUGAGGAUUCCAUCCCGGAAACUACAUCACGUUUGGUUAUGUCUCCUUAGACUCCUCUUGGCUGCAGCAGUUUCUCAGACUUUCCUUGUUUUUGAUGACUUUGACAGUUUUGAGUACUGAUCAGUUCACUUUUGAGGAGCAGCAAGAAAAUGACUGUGGUGUUAGAAGAGCAUUACUUUUGGAAGGCUGGUUAACAUCUAUUUCCUAAGAGAAACUUGACCACUAUUUGCUUUGGCAUGGCGCAAAGCAGUCCACAGCUAGAUAUUCAGGUUCUCCAUGAUCUACGACAACGUUUCCCUGAAAUUCCAGAGGGUGUGGUAUCUCAGUGCAUGUUACAGAAUAACAACAAUCUUGAAGCCUGUUGCCGAGCUCUUUCCCAGGAGAGUAGCAAAUACUUAUAUAUGGAAUACCAUAGUCCAGAUGACAAUAGAAUGAAUAGAAAUCGCCUUUUGCAUAUUAACCUUGGUAUCCAUUCUCCUAGUACCUAUCAUCCGGGAGAUGGAGCUCAACUUAAUGGUGGUCGAACACUGGUACAUAGCUCAAGUGAUGGACAUAUUGAUCCACAGCAUGCAGCAGGUAAACAGCUGAUAUGUUUAGUUCAAGAACCACACUCAGCUCCAGCUGUUGUGGCUGCUACUCCCAACUACAAUCCAUUUUUUAUGAAUGAACAGAACAGAAGUGCAGCUACUCCUCCUUCACAGCCACCUCAACAGCCAUCUUCCAUGCAAACAGGAAUGAAUCCAUCUGCUAUACAAGGGCCUUCACCACCGCCGCCGCCACCUCCUUCAUACAUGCACAUACCUCGGUAUAGUACCAACCCAAUUACUGUUACAGUAUCCCAGAACCUCCCUUCUGGACCGACUGUACCAAGAGCUUUACAAAUUCUUCCACAAAUUCCAAGCAAUCUCUAUGGGUCUCCUGGUUCUAUUUAUAUUAGACAGACAUCUCAGAGUUCAUCAGGGAGACAAACUCCUCAAAGUACACCAUGGCAGUCCUCACCACAGGGCCCCGUGCCUCAUUAUAGCCAACGUCCUUUACCUGUUUAUCCACACCAACAGAACUAUCAACCUUCUCAGUAUUCUCCCAAACAACAGCAGAUUCCUCAAUCUGCUUACCAUUCACCACCUCCUUCUCAGUGUCCUUCACCCUUCAGCUCUCCACAACAUCAAGUGCAACCUUCCCAGUUGGGCCACGUCUUUAUGCCACCUAGUCCUUCAACUACUCCACCAUAUCAACAAGGACCUCCUAGCUAUCAGAAACAGGGAAGCCAUUCAGUAGCCUAUCUCCCAUACUCGCCAUCUAGCUUAUCCAAAGGUUCCAUGAAGAAGAUAGAAAUUACAGUUGAACCUUCUCAAAGACCUGGGACAACAAUUAAUAGGAGUCCUUCACCCAUUAGUAAUCAACCGUCUCCACGGAAUCAGCACUCACUAUACACAGCCACCACGCCACCUUCAAGUUCCCCUUCAAGAGGGAUAUCUAGUCAACCAAAACCUCCAUUUAGUGUUAAUCCUGUGUAUAUUACAUAUACACAGCCAACUGGACCUUCGUGUGCUCCAUCACCAUCACCUCGGGUGGUACCAAACCCAACUACAGUUUUUAAAAUUACCGUAGGCCGAGCAACGACUGAAAAUCUUUUAAAUUUAGUGGACCAAGAAGAACGCUCUGCAGCUCCAGAACCUAUUCAGCCCAUUUCAGUGAUACCAGGCUCUGGCGGAGAAAAGGGAAGCCAUAAAUACCAGAGAAGUUCUAGUUCUGGAUCAGAUGACUAUGCCUAUACACAAGCCUUGCUGUUACAUCAGCGAGCAAGGAUGGAGAGGUUAGCAAAGCAGUUGAAACUUGAGAAAGAGGAGCUAGAGCGGUUGAAGGCUGAAGUUAACGGUAUGGAGCAUGACCUGAUGCAGAGACGGCUCAGAAGAGUCAGCUGCACCACUGCAAUCCCGACGCCUGAGGAAAUGACAAGAUUGAGAAGCAUGAACAGACAACUCCAGAUAAAUGUUGACUGUACACUGAAAGAAGUUGACCUCCUUCAAUCUAGAGGAAACUUUGAUCCAAAAGCCAUGAAUAAUUUUUAUGACAACAUAGAACCUGGCCCAGUUGUACCACCUAAGCCAUCUAAAAAAGACCCCUCAGACCCCUGCACAAUUGAGAGAAAAGCCCGAAGAAUUAGCGUGACCUCCAAAGUACAGGCGGAUGUCCAUGACACCCAAGCAGCAGCUGCAGAUGAGCAUCUAAGUGGCUCCAAACAGAGUCCUCGGACACAACAUCGUGAUGAAGACUACGAAGGAGCACCAUGGAAUUGUGACAGCUGCACCUUUCUCAACCACCCAGCACUAAAUCGCUGUGAGCAGUGUGAGAUGCCACGGUACACUUGAAUUCAGAGCAUCUGCUCCAGGUUGAGAGUGAUGCCGUGAGCACAACCUGAAGAAAAGGAAACGUCGGGAAUCUAUUCAUCUACCCAGCCUUUUCAUUUCCCAUUGCACGGGGGGAGGAAUGGCACUGUGGCCGCUGUGCUCACGAAAGGAAAAACAGGGAGUUGUUUUUUGUUUUGUUUUGUUUUUUCCUUUCUUAACUCAUUGCAGAGUGAGAGCUAGAAAGGAAUACUUGAAACUGGGAAAGGAUUCACUCCUGAAAGAAUGUACACAGAGAAGUCAAGAGCUCUUCUGUGGAAUCCCAAUUGUUAAAGUUACUGCUGAGUGGCCCUUAUUUUUUUAACUAGAACUUUGAAUCAUGGUAUGAAAUGUUACAGUUUAUGCAGACAAACUGUGAAUUCCCAGAGCAGACUUACCUAGUCACAGCUCUCUGGAAAACCAAGGCUCCCCAUGCUUCUUCCCUUUGCUUCCUACUAAAGAGGAAGACAGGAAAAAGCACUCCAAAUAGGAUUUUUUUGGGGGGGAGGGAGAUAAUAAUAAGGGUAUUUGUAAUUGCUGCUUUUUUCAGGGGUUUUCCAACACACAUUCAUGCACACAAGAUGUUUUAAAAUGUGAUUUGUAGCAGUCAGGAAUUAAGCAUAUCGUGCCCUUUGUUUGAAAGUACAAUCAGAGGUGUGGUAAGAUCCCUUUGGCUUGUACAACAAUUCAUCAAGCUAUAUCAACACUGGUAACUAAGACUUACUUAUGCCACAUAAGAGAUAUAUUUUUUAAGUUACUGCAUGCUUUAUUAGGCCAUCAGUUUGAAAAAAAAAAUAAGUCCUUACAAAGUAUGAUUUUAUAAAUGACAUUCUCGUAAAACUGCGUUUUGCCAAUAGCACACUGAAUGUAUGCCAAAUGCAAGUCCAUUCCAAAAUCCAUUUGGAAAACUUGAGCUCAGCUGUGGUUCUUAAGAAAUGUUCACAGUCCAUAGGGCCUUUUGUUUUUUUUCCUCCUUCCAAUGUUGUGAUGGAUACAUGAUGUUUACAGCACAGAUAAUACUUUGUGCCAUAAUUCUAAUUUAGCCGGAAAAAAAAAUCAAUUUUAACUGUUCAGUAAAGAUUUAUUUGCACAUAUGUUAA